AUGGCGGAAACAGAGGACAAGCGUUUGAUCCUCGGAGACAAGGAACCACGUCACUUUUAUGUGAUUUAUAUGGCAUGUGUCGCCACUGUCGGCGGCUUUCUGUUUGGGUAUGACACUGGUAUCAUUUCCGGUUCCAUGCUACUCAUUCGAGACGUAUUCUCCUUAUCUACGCUAUGGCAACAACUAAUAGUCAGCGGUACUAUAGUAACAGCCUCAGUUUUCUCCCUGGUGGCAGGGGUCACUACAGACAAGUUUGGACGGAAGUUCACCAUACUUUGGUCAUGUGUGGUGUUCACGUUAGGGGCGGCGGUGAUGGGGAUAGCGCCGGAUAAGGAAGUGUUGUUUGUGGGCAGGUUGAUUGUUGGAGUGGGCAUAGGUUUCGCGUCUAUGUCUGUACCUGUGUACGUGGCUGAGGCAGCCCCUCCUACCAUUCGAGGAGCGCUCGUCACUCUCAACCAACUCUUCAUCACCAUCGGUAUCCUCAUAUCCAGUGUUGUUGCCGGAGCUUUCAGCGAGGACAAAGAAAAUGGCUGGAGGUACAUGUUGGGUCUAGCUGGUAUUCCAAGUGUUAUCCAGUUCAUUGGAUUUUUCUUCCUGCCGGAGAGUCCUCGUUGGUUGAUGGCCAAAGGUCGCGAAGCUGAUGCUAGAAGCGCCUUGGUGAAGAUCAGAGAAACAGAGGAUGUCGACACGGAGUUUAACCAGAUAAAGGCUUCAGUGGAGGACGAAAGCUCGCAACAACAGGGAAACGCCUGCAAGACGUUACAGCUGAUGUUUAAGACCCAGCCUGUCCGCCGAGCACUUGUCAUAGGUUGUCUUUUACAGUUUUUCCAGCAGCUUUGCGGUAUCAACACUGUCAUAUACUAUAGCGCCAGCAUCCUCCGAAUGGCAGGUUUCCCGUCUCAACAGGCCAUCUGGUUGGUGUGUGUUCCGAAUGCAGUAAACAUGCUGUGUACCUUUAUAGGGAUCUAUUUAGUGGAAAAAUCGGGCCGGAAACUUUUAACCCUCCUUAGUUUUGUUGGAGUCAUAAUAGCACUUGUAGUUCUGGCAGUGGGUUUCCAGCUGUCCGUUAUCCACACGCCAGACGUUUUCAUAUCAGAAACAUCUAAUGACACCAAAUGUAGUGCAAUAUCACUUUGCAAUGAUUGUAUAACGGACAAAGAUUGUGGCUACUGCUUCGAGAAGGGCAAUGUGUCUAGUGGAUCAUGUUUACCCACUAUGGAAAAACACACUGAGCGGUACGCUAAUCCGGAUUUCAGUACGGAGUUCCGGUGUAACGAGGAUAACUAUAACAUGGACACGCCGAAGUACACAUGGGCUGAUAAUUUCUGUCCGACAGAUUACGCGUGGAUGGCAAUUCUUGGUCUUGCGCUUUUCGUCAUUGGAUUCGCCCCAGGACUAGGACCUAUGCCAUGGACGAUCAACUCUGAGAUAUAUCCCACAUGGGCGAGAAGUACAGGCACGUCCCUUGCCACUGCUAUCAACUGGAUCGCCAACCUCAUUGUGUCCAUGACAUUUCUGUCGCUUCUGGAGGCGAUCACCACAUACGGUACCUUCUACCUGUUCGCCGGUAUAUCCUUAAUAGGACUGAUUACCAUCGCCUCUGUACUUCCUGAAACCAAGAACAAGACCCUAGAAGAAGUCCAAGAACUCUUCAUGUCGAAGGAGUAUAAAGCAGAGCACCACACGCCCGGACUUUACGCCACGGACAAUGCAGCUUAUGAGGAGUCGAAUUCUAAACUUUAA